AAAGAUGGGCUUUGGAAUUGCAGUGUCGGGGGGGCGAGACAACCCCAACGAGGAAAGUGGCGAGACGUCCAUCGUGGUGUCUGAUGUUCUGCAGGGAGGGCCUGCUGAUGGCUUCUUGUUUGAGAAUGACCGACUGGUGCAGGUGAACGCCAUCUCCAUGGAGGGCGCCAUGCACUCUUUCGCCGUCCAGACCCUCAGGAAAUGUGGCAAAGUAGCAAAAAUUACAGUCAAGAGGCCCAGGAAGGUUCCAGUCAAUAUGCUGAACCGUCCCCCGUCCCCUGAUGACAGAGUCUUCAACAACGACUAUAACGACGAUUACAACUACGAUCAGGACCGCCGCAGCGUGUACAGCGGGCGGGACCACAGCCCGGAGAGGGAGCGGGGCGGAUACACGGACUCCGGCUACCAAACACGUGAGCGGGACUACGACAGGGACUACGAUCGGCGGGACCGUGGCCGGAGCAACGAGCGAGACCUGAGCCCGGACCGGCAGUACAAGAGAGACGGCAGCAGAAGUCGCACUUUGGACAGAGAACGCAGCCCGGAGCGCCCUCACAGGGGAGGGGACCACCUGCUCGAGCCCGACUGCGGCCCCGACAGAAGGUACCGCAGUGAACGCACUUUAGACCGAGACCACAGCCCCGAUCGGCGCUACCGCAGCGAGCGAGGCCUCGACAGAGACACCAGCCCGGACAGACGCUACCGCAGCGAGCGAACUCUGGACCACACGCACAGCCCCGACCUGCGCCACGGGCGGGACGGCCACAGCCCCCCACGAGGCCGCGGGCGCGACCACAGCAUCGAACGAGGACGUGAGCCCGCCCCCAUCGACCCGAGGAAGUACGAGGAGCCAAUGAAACGGAGCGGGAGCAGAGACCGUCUGGAGCGCUCCCCGUCUCCGGCCGCCCUGCCCAUCCCCCUCCCCCGCCCCGCACAGAGCCUGGAGCCCCUGGAGAAACCCCUGAAUGUGAUGCUGCUGAAGAACCGGCCGAACGAAGAGUAUGGCCUUCGACUCGGCAGUCAGCUCUUCAUCAAAGAGAUGACCAACACAGGACUGGCCAGCAGAGAUGGGAACCUGCAGGAAGGGGACAUCAUAUUAAAGAUUAACGGCACGGUGACAGAAAACCUGUCCCUCAGCGACGCAGGGAAGCUGAUCGAGAAAUCCCGCGGGAAGCUGCAGCUGGUGGUGCAGAGAGACAAACGGCAGGUGUUGAUUCGAGUUCCCCCCAUGGUCGACAGCGACUCAGAGCUUGAUGAUAUCUCAGAGAUCGAGUCUUACCGCUCCUACUCUCCACAAGAAGACAGGCGGGGCCACCACUCCGACCUCUCGUCUCACUCCUCCAAUGAGAAGCUCAGAGAAAAGCCCAGAGAGGACCCACCCAAAAGGCUGGCAAAAAUGGGUGCCAUGGCAACACCAUUCAGACCUCCUGACAGGGCUGUGGAAGAUCUGCCCCCUUUGCGUUCAGAGAGGGAGGAGCCACGGGCAGAAACACCACCAGCCUUCGCUGUAGCUCCGAGGCUUCAUGCUCCUCAUAAGUUGACACUAAAGCCCAGCAUAGAGGACCAGGAGAUAUAUGGGCCGAACACAGUGAUGGUGCGUUUCCUGAAAGGGGACAGCGUCGGUAUGAGGCUGGCGGGGGGGAAUGAUGUCGGCAUCUUCAUCGCUGGCGUUCAGGAUGACAGCGCAGCGGAGAAGGAGGGACUCCAGACAGGAGAUCAGAUCAUGAAGGUGAACAACAUGGACUUCAGAGGCAUGGUGCGUGAGGAUGCUGUCCUCUUCCUCCUGGAGGUUCCCAAAGGAGAAGAUGUCACCAUUCUUGCUCAAAGCAAACCUGAAGGCAGGCUGCCUCAGCAGGGCCUCAGCCUGCCCGUGAGUGGAAAUCUUUGGCCCGUGUUAUCUUUGGAAAGUGUCGAGUCCACAGAAACCCAGGAGCAUGGAGUCCAGUGUCAGCGAGACAUCCAGGGCUCACUAUUACUUAGAAAAGAUGGAGAUAUUGUGCUGCACUAG